AGAACUGAACGCCUGUUUCCUUCUUUAAAAAAAAAAAUGUGGACGUUCUUAGUUCUCGUAGGUGCUGCAGUUGCUUCUGCUCACCUGCAAGACCUGGCUUUUGAUGGCCACAAGGUGUUUCGCGUGAUUCCACAAAAUGAUGAGCAGGUGGAAAUCAUCCAUUCCCUUGCCAGCAAAAUGCAGAUUGACUUUUGGCAGCCAGACUCAGUCAAACUGGUAAAGCCAAAAAUGCAAGUUGAUUUCCGAGUUGAAGCUGACAGCGCUUUGGAGGUAGAACAUCUCUUGAAAGAAAACAAAGUGGAUUACAAAGUUCUGACUGAUAACCUGCAGAAUGCACUGCAUGCUCAGUUUGACAGCAAAGUUCAUAGCACUGGUCACAGCUAUGAAAACUACAACACCUGGGAAAAGAUAGCUGCUUGGACUGGUGACAUUGCUGCUCAGAACCCAAGCCUUGUCUCUCGCAGCGUAAUUGGGGAAACAUAUGAAGGACGGCCACUGUACCUUCUGAAAGUGGGAAAAAGUGGUACGAAUAAGAAGGCCAUCUUCAUGGACUGUGGUUUCCAUGCAAGAGAGUGGAUCUCUCCCGCUUUCUGCCAGUGGUUUGUGAAAGAAGCUGUCGAGACCUAUGGAACAGAUAGCACCAUGACCAAACUUCUCAACAGCUUGGACUUCUAUGUUUUGCCAGUUCUUAAUAUCGAUGGUUACGUUUACACUUGGACAAAAGACCGUAUGUGGAGAAAGACACGAUCUAAAAAUGAUGGCAGCCUUUGCAUUGGUACCGAUCCCAACAGGAAUUUCAACGCUGGCUGGUGCAAAAUAGGGGCUUCAGAUAGACCCUGUGAUUCUACUUACUGUGGCUCUGCACCUGAGUCUGAAAAGGAGACUAAGGCUUUGGCUGAUUUUGUUCGUCAACAUCUUUCUACACUCAAGGCAUAUCUGACUAUUCACUCCUAUUCCCAGCUGCUACUGUUUCCUUAUUCAUACACUUAUGCACAUCCAAAGGAUUACAGUGAACUGAACUCCAUUGCUAGAGCUGCAACCCAACAUCUGACCAGUUUGUACAAUACCAAAUAUAAAUAUGGCCCAGGAGCUACAACAAUCUACCCUGCUGCAGGAGGCUCUGACGACUGGGCUUACGAUCAAGGCAUCAAGUACUCUUUCACUUUUGAGCUCCGUGACACCGGUAAUCAUGGGUUCCUUCUGCCCGAGUCUCAGAUAAAGCCAACCUGUGAGGAGACUUUGCUUGCUGUUAAAUACAUUGCCAAUUAUGUCCUUGAUCACCUGUAUUAAAGGAAAUUCUAGAAACUAUUAGAGGAUUUAUUCAAAGAUGCCUUUCUCUGUAUUUUCAAUAGUUUUUUAUUUUUGCUUUACUUAAUGCUUGGUCAUAUCCUGAGUCCAUAAUAGGUCAAUAAUCUGAAAGUCUUGCAAGAUAAUUCUACCUUCUGUUAAGACAACUAACAUAGUUAGGGAGGGGGGAUGGCAGACGUGGCUUGCUGGAAAAAUAAGCAUGCCCAAACACCUGCUUUUCUGAGAUCCACGUCUUUAAGUACAAGUUUUAAAUCACUUCUGCUUACCAGCUUUGUCUCUUAUUUAAUCUUCAUAUGAAAUUACCUAGGUAUUUCAUUGGUAACCACUAAUAAAAUGCUAACAACAUA